CCCUUACAGGGUCAACAGCAGAGAUUUGUUUAUUUUGCAAUCAAAAUGCCAUCUAAAGUUAUUCUUUUUAUUUUUCUUAUUAUUUUCAGCCCCGAAAAUUAUGGAAUUCUGCCUUCAGACUGCACUGCAGCAUCCACUUCCAGUAGUACUCUCUCUUACCGCCAGUCACAUGACUUCAUCUUGCCAGAUGUAAAUGAAGAACUCGGCAGGAAAUGCCAACGCUUCAGUGACUAUUUCUGUCUGAUGGCGGUGUGGCUGAACACGCGCCUCACUAAUAGGGAGCCUCAGCAGGACGACGCAGAACAGUUCAGGAAACUUGUGGAGCCGAAUUACAAGAACCUCAACUGGUACUCAUUCCGUGAAAACGACAUCAGCAGCUUUUCGGAGGGAUGUUGUUCUCACCAGGUGGACUCUUACAUUCAGUAUGGCCAGAAAAACGGACUGUCUCCUCAAGAGUACUAUGAUAAAGUGUUCAAAAUUGGAAGGGUGACUGAUAAACAGCUCGUGUUCCUCAAGGCUAGAUGGGUGCCAUCCUUGUGCAUGAACGUCAUCAAUCAAGUAGGUUUUGGAUAUGGAAGUCUCAAAAUUAUCGGAAACCCAAAACUCAGCAGGAACUUCAUAGUGCCUCCCGUCGGAAACGAAGACCUUAUGAUGGUGGUGCCCAAAAAUCAGGUGAAAGACACUUUAUCCUUCUCCUGGUUUUUGGUUAAUUUGGUCUGUCGAGAGAAACCCCAUUGGUGUCCCGAGGAGUGGCUGGCACUGCAAACAGCGAAGCAGGUUGCUGUUUUUCCAGCAGAACCAGCACCCGAAAGGCGUCCUAGAAGAAACCUAGCAGAAAUGGAAUUGGAGACAUGGUUUAUUAAAGAAAACAACGAAUCAGCUCAGCUCAUUGUCGUGUAACAACCGUCAAAAAAACCGCAAAACCAAAAGACAAUUAAAGCUGAGAAAGAUAG